AGUCACAGACACAACAGGCAAUCAGUUCAGAUAGUUCCCUUUUCACUAAAUGUCAGUUCCAAAGGAGCCACCUUGCUACACAGAGCAGGGAGAGCUGAGGCGAUAGUGAAGGCACUUAAUGAGUAAGGAGGCUGGUGUUUAUCCCUGGUCAUGGCUGCAGCCUAGGAUUCUCACUGCUGCAUCAAGGAUAUAUGGUAGUAGUCAGUGUAGAACAGUUGGAGGCACCUGCAGUCACACAGAGAAGGAGCCCCUCACAGAGACAGACCUUCAAGCUGAGCCCUCCUCGCCUGUCUGUUCACUGGCUGGAUAGUCUGACAUUGUGAAGAAAUCUCUCCUGGGACUCCCAACGCGCCGAUUCGGACUUCAGGCAGCAAGUUAUCUCAGUACCCGGGCUGAUGGUCUUCGUGAAGGUCUGACAUCGAGCGUUCCCUUCCCCCCUCCCCACUGCUGGCUGGAGCUUCAGACCAUGGAACUGAAGGUGUGGGUAGAUGGGGUUCAGCGAGUGGUCUGUGGUGUCAGUGAGAAGACCACGUGCCAGGAGGUGGUCAUUGCUCUGGCUCAGGCCAUGGGUCGCACUGGACGCUACAUACUGAAGGAGAAGUGGAAAGACAUAGAAAGACAUUUGACACCAGAUGAGAAACUCUUGCCAUCCCUCAGCAAGUGGGGUCAGCAAGCCAAGGACGUCCAGCUGAUUCUCAACCGCACUGGCCCCUCCCUCGGCCUGCGACCCACCCCAGAGAAGCUCCAUGGUCCUGAGAGGAACAUCCAUCGCCAGAGCCUCCCGCCGCUGGCGAAGCUGAGGAAUAAAAGUGACAGAAGCAGCCACUUGAAAGAAGCCAAGAGAAAGUCCCUGAACUUUGCAGAAGGAGCUCGAGAGUGGCUGGAGUCCUUUGGAAAGAGCAAGGAAGCCAAGGCCAAGGUCAAAGAUGCAGGGGCUGAGAAGGGGGCCUCGAGUGUUGAUCAGUCCUCGGAAGAGGACUUGAACCAGCUGCUCCACCUUCAGGAGGAGAAACUGCAGAGCCUCCACGCUGACCUUGAGUCGACCGAGGCAGAGAUCAGACACCUGGUGGAGGACAGCCAAUCUGAGAUCAGCAAGGAGAUUCACAGGCUCCAGGAACUGGUCACCCAGAGGAGUGCAGAGGCAGAGGAGGUGGAAUACUGGGAGAACGAGCUAAAAGCCGAGCAGCUCCACGGGGAAGAGCUGAAGGAACAGCUGGAGGAAAUGAAGAAGAAGCUGGCAGAGUGCGAGGAGAAACUGAAGGACUGCUUGCUGGAAGCCCAGGUCCUGGAGGCCAGCAAUGAGGCAGCUCAGUCCCAGAGGGUCAAAUCCUGUCCUGGCCUGAGAGACAAGGUUCAGAAACUGAAAGAGGAGAUAACCGCAAAAUCCAAGGAAGCUGAUCAACUGGAGGAGGACAUGAGACUGGUGGAGACGGCCAUUGGGAAGGUGGAAGAUGAAAUUCAGAGGAAAUGCUGUGAACUGGAAGAUCUGACCAAAGAACUGCGCCAGGCAAACCUCCUCCAGUUCAUUCAACAGACAGGCACUAAGGUCAGCAUCCUCCCUGUGCUGGAGGGAUCUACUGAGGAUGCAGAGCCUCUGCUCCAUCUAGACUCCCUCAAGCAUGGUAUGUCUCCUGCCAAAACCAAGGAUCUUCAGAGCUCAUUGAUCUCUGCCUUUAACCAAGAAGGGAUUUAUGUCACCCACGCAAGCGUCCCCCGAGCCCGCCCGGCGUAUGACGUCAUCCGCAGCGCGGCCCCGGCGGCUGUUGGAGGUCCGCGCAGGCGCGGUGGCUCAACAACGCCGAGGCGGCGAGGGUGA